UUUUCCUACUCCGAGGAAGGAUAGUGUCUUAGUUAUUCCUAUUCCUAAACCCGGACCAGACCUUGAUUUUAAAAAUAUUAGCCAAUUUACCAAAAAUGCUCCCGACGAACAGCAACAAGCUUAUUUACAUGUGCGGAUUGACAAACAACCAAAAUAUUAUCAAUUCGAAGAGUAUAAAAAUUUUGAUGACCGCCAACCCGACCCGGACAAAACACCACAACAAAAUAACCCUGACAAAACUCCCUCAACCCAGCCAGAUAAUAGCAAUUUCACUUUAUAUGUUUUUUUCGGAGUAACAGGCGGAAUUAUAAUUUUAUUUAUGGUUUGUUUUCCUAAUCAGAGGAAGGAUAGUGUCUUAGUUAUUCCUAUUCCUAAACCCGGACCAGACCUUGAUUUUAAAAAUAUUAGCCAAUUUACCAAAAAUGCUCCCGACGAACAGCAACAAGCGUUUUGA